ACUGAACAGCCUCACAAGGGCAUGCAGCUGGGGUGCUUGUUGCUGUUUUGUUCCCGGAAAACGAGAACUGCCAGCAAUCCUCUGGCAUCUGAAUAGACUCGUGUCAGACAAACUGUAUCUGGACUUGAUGGGAAACCAAGCUGGAAUACCAAGCAGCCCUUCGAUCUGCUGGCAGAGAGGGGGACUGGCUCAGUAAGUAAUCUUGCCUUGCAGUUGCAAAGGUACUCCAUAAAGGAGUGAGCCCUCUCGCUGCACAGCUCUGCAAGACACGCCUGCCUGGGCUGGCUCUGUCCUCAUUCCUUCAAACCAGUUCCAACAAUAACAGCAACUCCUGCAUGCAACUGCCUCAUUAGAGAGAAGAUGUAUUUUUCCUUUUUCUACUGAGGGAUGAAGGUUCCAAAUCCUUGUGAUGUGAGCAGGUGAGAAUGUCUGCUGACAAGUCCAAAUGAUAUUUUCAGGUGUUCUACUGAUCUUGGCACUGACAGAAGAGCUGGUGUUUUCUGUUCAGGUUCUGUCUCCCACUGUCUCCUCCUCUCAGGGCUUCCCGAUGAACACUACAACUAUCACAGCCAUGGGAACAACACCUCACCACAAAGACCACCACACGGCAGAUCCCCUUCCCACGUCUGCUCAAGCCAUGUCCCACCCCAUCAGCCUGGUGGAGAAAGCCCCUUCCACCGUGCAAGAGCAAGAGAGUGGCCCUCGCAUCGGCGAGAGGGAAACUUAUCAUUUAUACAACCAGAGUGCUUUGUACUCAGGACAGUCUCGCCCCAAGGGGAAAAUAUUCCAGGUUUUCAAAGGCAACUUCUCAGAGUCGUCAGAGCCUUACCUAAAGACAACCCUGCACUCUCCCUUCCCUACCCUGAGGAGCCCUUUCACAGACCACCCAUUUCAGUCCCAGACCACAGCAUCCAGUGAUCCAAAUGGAACGGGGCUGGAAAGAACUACACACUCAGACCCUUCUCCCCACCGCAGCACCUCGGGAAGCCUUAGGGAAGCAGAGCGAGGGGAUGGGACCGAGGUAGUAGUGCAGGAGGCAGAUUUUGCCACCACAACUGCUGGACCAUCAACUGAUCCUGAAGCAGUGUCGGUGCCUUUUAAACCCACCCGCUAUGGCGUGUGGGAUAUGCUGAGCAAAAACAACUCUUGGGUAACCUUGAAUCUCAGUACAAAUGUCCCUCUGUUUGCUGGCUCUGGAUCUGCAACAGCAGCAGCUGGUCACUCAGUUCAGACCAGUUUUGAUGUCAGCAUCUCAUCCCCAUCAGCAGGAGGCCCCGAAGGACUCACUCCAACACAGCACGGCGUGGUGACCAAUGCCACAUCGCCGGGCAGUGCUCUCUCCUCAGCGCCUGCCACGAGGUUGUCCAGCUCCACUUCCACAGCGGGCUCCACCGCCACCGGGAACUUCCUGAACAGACUGGUUCCUGCCGGGACCUGGAAACCAGGGGUGCAAGGAAACAUCUCUCAUGUCACCGAGGGGGACAAACCCCAGCACAGAGCAACCAUCUGUCUCAGCAAGAUGGACAUUGCCUGGAUCAUCCUGGCUAUCAGCGUACCUAUAUCCUCAUGUUCAGUUCUGCUGACAGUCUGCUGCAUGAGAAGGAAGAAGAAGACAUCUAACCCAGAGAACAACCUGAGCUAUUGGAAUAAUGCUAUUACCAUGGACUACUUCAACAGGCAUGCUGUAGAGUUACCAAGAGAGAUCCAGUCACUGGAAACUUCAGAGGACCACCUGUCCGAGCCGCGCUCCCCGGCCAACGGCGACUACCGCGACAGCGGGAUGGUCCUGGUGAACCCCUUCUGUCAGGAAACGCUCUUUGUGGGACACGAGCAAGUCUCCGAAAUAUGACCCCGCAGCUGCCCCUGUACUGCAGUUUCAUCUCUACUGUCUCCAAAUUAUAAAUAAAUAUAUAUAUAUUAUAAAUAUAACCUUUGUGUAACCCUGAAUUACAAGAAAUGUUUUCAGCUUUUCUUUUGUCCCUCAGAAUUGUCAGCCCCUUUUUUAUAAGUGUGGUAAAACUUUACAGAACAAACUGUGGCUUUAUAAAAUAAAGGUAUUUCUAAGCAAAACA